AUUCUCAGGGCCUCAGCUAUGUAUCUAUGAAAUUCCCCCGGGUAUACGGAGUAGAGUAUAUGUAUAUAGAUAGAUAUAGAUAUCCCCCCAGGUAUAGAAACCACCAGCGCUAGUAUAAAAUACCUAUUUGACGUACAAGCCAAGCCACCGCUUUGACUUGGGCCAUUUCAGACCAACGCUUCAAAAUACCUCCGCUUCUGAGUUUCUGUCUUAAGAUGCAGGUCAUGCCGCUAGGGCCAAAAGGCGCGAUUGAAAGUUGAUGGGUGCAGGUUGCAUUCUCGUUACUUUAGGUUACGCUCCAGGUUGGUGGGUUGUGACUCUUUCCGCACCUAUGUCCAAUUGGCGGUGGGCAUGCUUCGACAGCUCGCCGAGCAUGUUGGCAAGAAUACAUUAAAAUUGGAGUCCUUGUGCUGGGCUGAUCGUUGCCUUUGUGUAUCUCAUGACGUCUCUCAAACUGCCAGUCCCCGUUAACCAAUAAUCAUCUCAUCAUCUCUCGCGAUGUUGGAAAAAUGCCGUCCAUGGGUGUUGUUGUAUCACUCAAAGAAUCCCUACUACCAAUAUCAGCAGAUUCCCAACGCUCUCUCAUUUUCGCUUUUUCAACCAUCUAUCAAGUCCCAGUUUUUCCUUGUCAGAUAUCAGAUGCAGAGCUAUGUUAACUAGCCUCUCCCUCAGCGGGGCAUUUCGACCCUACAAUUUUUGCUCCGGUUGAACGGGAAACGAUAGUCGAAUCCCGAGGUUGAGAUAACCCCUCUUUUCUCUCCAUUCAUGGAUGCGAAGACCUUUCCCACGUUCGCGUAUUACCUUAAGUAUUCGUCAGAGUCUGGGUCGGGCCUAGGUUCAGAGAUGUUUUGUUUCCUGCCUUGAGUUUUUACAAUACAAGCCUGUGGCGGUUGACCCGUCAUCGAAGUAGAAAGGGCCAGGGAUUUUAUGUAGGAUUCAUUCUCUUGGCCCUUUCUUUCCUUAACCCAAACCCCCACAAGCAUUCCCUGGAAGAUAAAUAUCCCGCCGGAUGGGAUGUUGUGUCAUUAUUCCCAUUAUUCGUCAAUCAGAAUGCUCUGACUUGAGACCUUUCCCCCUCCAAGGCAACAAAGACAGAAAUGUCACUCACUUUCGUUGGGACCCUUGUGAUUCUUGUGAUCUCUUUUCGCACAUAGGCUAUAGCCCAGUUCUCCGCGCAUUUGAUGUUAGAGGGAUAUAGAGACCGGAUAGGAUAGAAUGCUUGUUUGGGCGGCGGGUGGCGCGCGGAGUACCUGGAAUGUAACUCUCUUAUGAUAGCAAUUAAGGAUGCCCCUCGUUGCUAAUAAUAAACUAGAGCAAAUACAUGGACAAUGCAUAUAGCAUGCGCCGGGCAGAGACGGACGAAUAUUUGUCAUAUUUACAUUUGCCGCCAAAGAACGUUCUCGUUGCUUCUGUGAAGUCGGCGAGUGUUCAGCACAUAUGGCGAGAGUUUAGUGACUCUAAUAAUGUAUGUUUCGCCGUCGAUGGUCUCAAGGAAUGUGGGGUAGGGUAUCUUUCGGCUGGAGGGCCCUCGGAGAAUUUAUAUCGAGAGAUGAGCAUGAUAAACUGGGUCUUGUCCCUGUCUGUUGGGUAGUUAAACUCAAGGACCCCUCCCAGCCGAUAGCCCGUCUAACUCCACCGAUCUUGUAAAGUGAAUAUUUCCGGUUGGGUUUUGGUAGGAGAGCUAUAGAUAGUCUAGUUCAUGCUAAAUGCCAAUAUCAACGUCACCAUUUCUCAAAAACAAGCAACAUCACUCAUUAACCGUAUUUUGAAAUUUACCCUAGAUGCAGACGCAGCCCUCGAUUCCUGACCUCGUCUAAGAUGUCCUCUGUGAUAUAAUUAGUAUGAAGGGAUAUGUAUAUCGUAUAGGCAAAAAGCUCAUUCAUAUCCGGCGAAUCCAGUAGUAACCAUCUCUGCUUAAUCGAUUAUUUAUCAAUCAGUCCCUAGUGGUGUAGUGGCUAACAUCGCUGUCUUUCACACAGCAGCCCAGGGUUCGAUUCCCUGCUAGGGAGAUGAAAUCGUGUUUCUUUUUAAUGUUAUCUCUAUUUUCUUUUUUCAAUAUUCUCCUUUUUUUUAUUUAUUUGCCCAAAGGUUUCCCGUGCCCUCGUCGUUAUGUCCCUCAACUAAAAUUGGGCUCUAAUGGGAUGAAGGAAUCGGCAUUCGGAUUAUCUAUAUUCCAGCCCUGGAUCCUGACUUCGGCGGAAGUGUCAAAAAAAAAAAAAGUAUGAAGCAAGUACGGAGAUUUUCAGAAAUUCUUGUUUAAUUCCGGACCAUCUUGAAUGAGGGCCUCCCGAGCUUCGGGUCUUCUGCACACUGGUCGACUUGCAUUCUCAAGCCCCCAACAACACUUCCGCAGCCUGACCCGCUUCUCUCGUUGCCCAACGCGCAUUGCCUUGUCUGCCAACCCCGCCAUCCCUCCAUCCCCCCACACUCACCAACAGUGCCUCUAUCACGGUAAUAACAAUAAUUCCACAGACGCAAUGGGCAAGGAAAAAGUAUCUUUCAACCUGAAAACCCCCAAGGGCACUAAGGACUGGUUUGGCUCCGACGGCCUCCUCCGCGAUCGGAUCUUCAGCACCAUCACCGAAGUUUUCAAGCGCCACGGCGCAACCUCCCUUGAUACCCCCGUCUUCGAGCUGCGCGAUAUCCUCGCGGGCAAAUAUGGCGAAGACUCAAAACUCAUAUACGACCUGCAAGACCAGGGUGGAGAGCUGUGCUCACUCCGCUACGAUCUGACAGUCCCCUUCGCCAGAUGGCUCGCUAUGAACCCCAAUGUGCGCAACAUAAAACGCUACCAUAUCGCCAAGGUAUACCGACGUGACCAGCCGGCUAUGUCCAAGGGCCGCAUGCGCGAGUUUUAUCAGUGUGAUAUCGACUUUGCAGGUGCCAAUUAUGAUCCCAUGGUGCCCGACGCGGAGAUCCUGAGGAUUGCGACUGAGGUGUUUGAGGAGUUGGGAUGGAAGGGGAGGUACACUAUCAAGAUUAACCAUCGCAAGAUUCUGGAUGGGCUCUUCGAGGUCUGCGGUGUGCCGAAGGAGAAGAUACGGACUAUCUCCAGCGCCGUUGAUAAGCUUGACAAGAUGCCAUGGGCGGACGUGCGGCGGGAAAUGGUCGAGGAGAAGGGACUCGAUAGCGCCGUUGCGGAUAAGAUAGAAACAUAUGUGGUCCAGAAAGGCGGGCGGGAGUUGGUAGAGUCACUACUGUCAGACGAAGCGCUCCUCGCAAACCUAUCUGCCAAGACUGGGUUGGAGGAAAUGGCCCUCCUGAUGGACUAUCUCGAAGCAUUCGAUAUUCUGGACAAAAUAUCUUUCGACAUGAGUCUAGCCCGUGGCCUGGAUUACUAUACCGGUGUUAUCUACGAAGUCGUCACGGAAGGAUCAGCACCCCCUGCCGCCCCCUCAGCAGGCGAGGAAGCUCAAAAUAUACAGAAGAAGAGUAAAGGCAAAGCCAAGAAUGAUGAUGACGAUGACCGAUCGAAUGACCCCUCGAUAGGAGUUGGGAGCAUUGCUGCUGGUGGCCGAUAUGACGAGCUUGUUGGUAUGUUCUCAAGCAGGGCACAGAUUCCCUGCGUAGGCAUUUCGUUUGGAGUCGACAGAAUUUUUUCAAUCACCAAGGCGCGAAUGGGAGAGAAUAACCGCCCCAACAAGCUCUGCGACGUUGACGUUUACGUUAUGGCGUUUGGCGGGAAGGGCUUCACCGGCCUACUCAAGGAGAGAAUGGAAGUCGCCAGGAGUCUAUGGGAUGCUGGCCUUAAGGUCGAAUUCUCCUACAAGCGCAAGCCAAAACCCAUCCAACAAUUCGACGCUGCCGAAGCCAACGCGGUGCCCUUCGCUGUCAUUCUUGGCGAGGACGAGCUAGCCGCUGGCCAGGUACGUGUCAAGGAGAUGGGACUGGACAAGGGACACCCGGAAAAGGAUGGCGUAUUGGUUAAUCUAUCGACGUUAGCGGAGGAAGUAAAGGAGCGAUUGGAGCGGAAGAAGACUGCUGCUGCAGCCGCCGCUGCAGCCUCGGCAAUUGAUGCUGAUGAGGCGGGGAUUGUGAAGAAGAUAGAAGAUUUAGAUGUUAAGGGGCAAUAGAGGGGGUUUGUGCUUCUGCCUGUCCGUAGAUGUGGAAUUUGGGAGGGAAGACAGGGAGAAAGCAGAUCGCUCUACGGUGUCACCCCCACCCCCUGCACCGUUAUUAUUUUGCGAGAUAAAUGCAUUUUUGCCUUUCGUUCCCGCUGUGUUUUACUAUUUCGGAUACGUCAAGGUAUAGAUAUGGCCGUAGGCAGUUUUGUCGCCUCUAAGCAGAACUUUAGAAUCGCAGAUCGAUUUCCACAAAGAGAUUGUAAUGUGCCGCAUAAUAAAUACACAUACCAUACAAAGGAGAUAAAUCGUUCUAACAGACCGAGAAAACCAUCUUGCCGUUUAGGUUUCAAAACCAAAAAUAAAAUACAAUAUGGUAUACAUAUCAUUAGGGCUCAUUACCCAGCGAGAGAGCAGAGAAAUAACCCGCAAGAGCAUCUACGCUCCAGCAGCAAUCUUCAUAAUAAAGCCCUUUAGUGAGGGCAAGCGGUCAACCAUGUUCAGCCCGAAGCUCCUACCCCAUGCAACCGGCCCGUUACCAGCUACAUUAUACGCUUUAUGUAGCAGAUCACCCGCCCCACCUAUCUUAGCAUUGACAAGGUAUCGCUCGGCAGCGUACCGUUCCAAACUAAGAAGGUCGCCAAUGUCCAUACCGUGACGGACCGAGUAUUCAAUUGCGCGGAAGAGAGAGGCUACAUCACCUAUGCCGAGAUUUAGACCCUGCCCGCCUAGUGGAUGAAUUACGUGCGCGGCGUCCCCGACUAGGGCGAUGCGGGGAGAGAUAUAGGUUGACGCGUGACGGUGACGGAGGGGGAAAGAGGCUACCGUUCCAGGUUGGACGGAGGUAACGGUUGGUGGGACAUAGGAUGGGGUUGGGGUGUGUUGAAGUCGCCAGGCCAGUUCAUCGGCGUGUUCAGUUGAUGGGGCUGCUGAAGCGGGGUCCGUGGAGUCCGUGGGCGACUCUGGUGAUGAUGAGGAGGGGAGAGUGAACAUGUACUUUAAGUCUACCAUGGACAAUCUGAAAGCAGCGUUCACCAUAGCUAUAAACGCAUCUGCAGGGAGAGAUUUGAGAUACGCUGCAUUCCUUACGGUAGUGGACCAGACUAGGGUAGCGUGGUUGUUGGGGAGUGGGAGGAAAGCGACAGGGCCUCCCAGACCAGGGAGAAAGCGUUGAUACGCAGCUCUAAUAGGUGGGCCGGUGGUAUGCCCCUGUGGGGAAAUGUUCAAAGUGGCCACCACGCCGUGGCGGUCGUAGUCCCAGCCAUCUGUCGAUAUGGCCGCGUAUGAUCGGACGGGGCUGUUUAUGCCGUCUGCCCCUACAAGCAGACGAGUGGCAAUGGUGGGUGGCGGGGGCAGGUUUGAUGUCGGUGAGGUAUGUUUAAGGGUCAAAACAGGCCAGGAGGAAAGGUCUGGGCCAUCAGUGUAAUCCUCCCCAUUGUUGAUUUCAGACACUGAGGUAUUGGAGAAGAUGGACACGUCAUUCCCCGACGACUCUAUACUUGCGAUCAUACCGCGGGUCAGGUUCAGGUUCUCCGUCAUCGUCGCGAUAGUUUGCGCGUGUGUUGACCGCGAUUCGAGGGACCAGUCAAAUGAGAUGCUUGCGCCCGUCUCUCCAUCCCAAACGUGCAUCUCGUGGUAUGGCUGCACUCGGGAAAUAUCCACAUGGGCCCAUACUCCAAUGUCUUUGAGGAAUGACACAGAGGAGGGCGUGAGGCUGCUUACGCGAUUGGAGAAUUGCGUUGCAUCUAAAUUCCAAGCUCUGGUUUUCGAGAGAUCCUGGCUUUCAAUCAAGGCAAUUCUAAGUUUCGAGGUUACUGGAGAGGACCCUAAAGGACAAAGUCAAUUAGUUUCGGGUCCCUGUGAACAAACAAGAAAGACACAAGACAUAUCCGUACGCAAAGCAGCCACGAGACCCAGGCCUGCGGGUCCUCCGCCGACGCAGACAAUAUCAUAGAUGUCUGGGGGUUGACGAGGUCUCGAAGAGGAAGCAAAUGCCCGCCUCCCAGGUUGUAGGUGGUGUCUACAUGACGGGCAGACGUAUAACCGCAGCGCGGAGCGAGACAGUGGUCGCAUCUUUAGCACCUCAGCGUCCUCGCCGCCAAUUUGCAGGUGUUCAACGGUGAUAUCAGACCCAUCGUCGACGGGGUCGGAUAUUGACGGGUGCAAACAGGGCAAACUGCGCUAGGAAUUGCUUCCAUACCGGAAAAACGUAGGCUUAUUAUACGACCGGGUUAUGGUUGUUCCGCUGUGCCAGUCAGUGACAACUCACUGAACCAUAAAUCUUAAUAUAAUGAUGAACAAGC